UUUUUAAAAGUUUACUUAAUGCUCUUUUCAGCAUUCUUAAAUUUGUCUACCAAGAGAAAGAGAGAGAGAGAGAGAGAAAGAAUUUGACUAAAAGACUAGGACAAAUUUUUACUUAACCAAAUACAAGAUCUCCUAUUUAUUUAUUUUUAUUGGAAUUGCUGUAGUUAAUAAUUGCCUUCAGGAAUUAUUUUUAUAUGUUAGAUAUAUUACACAAUAAUGAAUAAAUUAAUUGUUACCAUUAUAUAUCUUUCAAUGUACAAUUAUAGAUGGAAAUUUAACUUCUUAACGUGGACUGAAGUUGGUGCACCCGAUACUUAUAUUCAUUGAUUCACCCUCGAUCAGUUAAUUUCUUGUUAGUUACAGUUAAUGAUACAUCCCAUCCACCAUAUAUGUCAUAAUAAAUCUGUAUAUGUAUAUAACAUUUAUUAUAAAUUUUUGUAUUAUAUACACGUGCGACUCUGUCGAUAAUGCAUCGACAUAUCGUUUUGAUUAUACAUUUCUAGAUGUCGCUAUAUACGUCGAAUAAUAGUAACCUAAAAUUUUAGUGGAUAGAAUAAAUAUUUGUGAGAACAAAAUUUAUGAUCUGUACAAGUUAUAUUCUUAAACAAAUGGACAUCAGCAUCAAGUAAAACGUGUGGAAAUACUGUAUUUUUGGAAAAGAAACCAGUAGCUUCAAGGAGGGCAGAGGUGUCUUGUUUUGUAUCCAAAAAGAUAUGAAAUUGUUCCUUGACAGUGGUCAAUACUGCUAUGACAGCUUUCUAAAAAUUGCUCAAACAAUUCCCUCACUAUCUCUGAGAAAUAGUUUGAACUAGUAUCGUGAUGAUUUAUGGAGCAUGAUAAAGGAAACUUUUGUGAAAAAUUAUCUAACGACCAUCGCAGUUGCUAAAACUAAACUUGAAGAACUCUUCGUUCUAUCCAGAGUUUGCAAAGAAACGCGUGUGAACCCCCUACUUUUAAACACACGUAUCAUUUGUCUAGUGAAAGCCUCAGCUGCUCCAUAUUAAAGUAUAUCAAAAUAUAUGAUAGAAUAUAAAUAAUAGAAAACACAAAGUAAGAAUUACCGAUGCCAGCAAAUAAGUAUAUGCCAAGUAGCCUAAGCCUGUUUAAGAUAAAGGGUAUACACACACACGAGAAUGCCUUUCUUGAGCAAAUGUUGAAGACAGUAUGUAUAAACUGUGCUACUACAAAAUUUUUUAGAGAAUUUGGAUAAUAGUCUUCAACAUAUGAAAUAAAUUAAAAAUGAUAAAGUAAUGGUGACUCAUACCUUGAGACACUGAAAGUCCAUUUUUGUUUAACAUUGAGGUUUUAAGAUGGAUUCCAGCAAUAUGAGUGAAGAGGACAUGGAUUCGGUGUUACAUGGAAAUUUGUCAGGCUUUGAAAAGGGCACAAAGGUCUUUGUGUCAGACAGUGAGUGUAGUGACGAAGACCGCAUACUGGAAGUGUCUGAAAAUGACAGUGAUGCUGAAAAUGAUAUGGGAGUUACUAAAAGUGUAAAUCCAAAUGAAAUCAUAAUGAAAAGAGAACCAGGAGCAGAGGUAUGUAGUCCUGAUUCCAAUACAACAAGUACUCGUAUUACCAAAGGAAUUAAUACAUUGCGUUUACCAGAAGUAAACGUAACAUCUCCAUUGUGCAUUUCCAUCCUAGACUCAUGGAAUCUAAUAAUUCCAGAAGAGAUAAUAGACAAAAUAGUAUUAAAUACAAAUGAAGAGAUCGCCGAGAAGGCAACAAAAUACAAAGAAAGAACAAGGUACAUCGCUAUGACAAGUAGAGCAGAGAUAAGGGCGUUCAUCGGGCUCCUCUACAUGUCCGGAGUGAUGAAGGAGAGUCAUAUCAGUGUCGAGGAACUGUGGUCUGAUAUGUACGGACCGCCAAUAUUCCACGCGACCAUGACACUCUCGCGAUUUCGAUUCCUGACUGCGUGUAUCCGAUUUGACGAAAAAUCUAGCAGAACCUCAAGAAAGAUGACCGAUCAAUUCGCAGCGAUUCGUGAAAUCUGGGAAAUCUACGUGAACAGUUGCAGGACGUACUACAAUCCUUCAGAAUACUGUACCCUGGGUACUAGCCUCCUAGGCUUUAGAGGACGCUGUCCCUUUCGAGUCUACAAACAGAAUCAUCCUGACAAGUGUGGCAUCAACAUCCUGAUGCUCUGCGAUACGAAUACUAACUAUAUGGUCAAUGCUAUGCCCUACCUAGCGAGUGUCGGCAAGUCCGCAGAUGAGGACAAGAGAGUAUCUUAUGUAAAAGCCUUGACAAAACCCAUUCAUGGAACCAAUAGGAACGUGACCAUGGACAAAUGGUUCACAUCGACAUUACUCGCGGAUACGCUGCUGACCGAGUGCAAGCUGACGAUUGUAGGACCUCUUAAAAGGCGGAACCUAGAAUUUCCAAUUCCAUUUGUCAGUCCAAAGAGUAGGGAAGCAGGCACUUCGUGUUACGCAUUCGACAAUGAGAAAACGAUGGUCUCUUAUAUCCCAAAGAACAAUAAAACCGUUAUACUUUUAUCGACGAUGCAUAAGGAUGAUGCGAGUGACGAGGAAACAGGAAAACCGAAGAUUCUGACUUUUUACAAUCAAACGAAGGAUGGUGCCGAGCACUUUGUCCAGCUCUGUCAGAAUUACACCACUGCAAGAAAGACAGGACGUUGGCCAUUAAGGGUCUUCUACGGGAUGCUGGAUCAGAGUGCCAUUAAUGCCAUGAUAAUCUUCUCCAUGGCAAAUCACGAGUGGAAAAUUGACAGGAGUAAUACCAGGCGUAUAUUCCUCAAAGAAUUAGCCCUGAGUUUGGUGAAGCCUUAUAUGACUGAACGUCAGAAGAUACCCACGCUGAGGAAGGAUCUCAAGCUAAUAAUCAACAGUAUGAUUGGCGAGGAUGAUACUCCCGUACCGCAGAUUAUACCCGGUGGUAGUAAAAGAAGAUGCGGCCUCUGUCCUCGCAAGAAAGACAAAAAAACUGCACUGCAAUGUCAGUCGUGCGCGAAACCCGUGUGCUUAGAUCAUCGAGCUAUGAUUUGCAUAUCUUGUGUUCAUAUUAACCAUAUGAACUAGGUUUAGAAUAGAUAUUAUAAAGUAGAUAUUAAACUUCUAUUAUUAUUUCUAUCUAGAAAUUAUAUAGAAACUUCUUAUGAUCUGAUCACAUGGCUACUGUACAAUUCUUUAAAGUGAUGCUGAUUUCAUUUUUUAGUCCUCAUGGACGUGGUGUACAAUUACGCACAUAACGUGCAGCUACGUAGUGAGAGGACCAGAUUAAAGGACGCGGUGACGAGUACAGUUUAUGUCAAGACGCCAUGUAAAGGUGUCUCUAGUCUAUGUAUAAACUAAUAAGAGUUCAGGUAGCAGUGUACAGAUUUACUGUUUAAAUAAUUCAUCGGUUAGUCAUAGAACCUGCAAAGAGAAAUUUCAGAAUAUAAUAGAAGAGUGUCGCAGUGCUUGCUGUGGAAUAUUUAUCUCAGAAGGGUACGUCAAUCAUGCAUAAGAAUCCUUGAUAAGUAAUAAAUUCUACAAGAUCUAUA